AUGGUGAUGGGACGUGGGCGGUUGUUGAUGUAUCCAUGGAUAAUAUGGGCUCAUCGUCAAUUUCAAGAUGUUAGGAGAAGGCCCUCUGGCUGCUUGAUUCAAGAACUUCCUAAUGGUUACUCAAAGGUCACUUGGAUUGAACAUGUUGAAGUUGAUAAUGGGGACGUUCAUGAUAUCUAUAAGGUACUAGUAAACUCUGGUCUUGCAUUUGGUGCAAAAAGAUGGGUAGCCACAUUAGAUAGACAAAGUGAACGACUUGCAAGUGCAAUGGCUAACAAUAUUCCUGCAGGAGAUGUCGGAGGCAAGUGUCCUAGUUCACAAUCAUAUCUUUCCUAG